UUUGUGUUGGCAACAGUGACUCUCAUGUUUUGACGUAUGGUUGAAUGUUUGACAUCUGUACCAUCAUUUUAAGGGAAAAUGAAAACAUUCGUCCAAAGGCAGUUUUAACAGUUUCGUGUGGCUAUGGAUCGCAAGUUGAAUCACAGCGGUUAUUUGGUGUUAAACGAAGAAGGAGCAGUUCUGUCAUCGUCUGGAGAUCUGGAGAAUGACGAGCGCACCGCCAACGUCAUUAUGGGGUUGGUGAAUCUAACAUCUCAGGUUGAUUCCAGUGCUUUUCCUCCUGAAGAGGGUUUCAAAAAAUUGUCCUUGGUUUACGACGACCAUUGUUACAUCGUCUGUUUGUCCAACAAAAAGAUACACAUUGUCAAGAAGAGCUUGGAGAGUCCUGAACCAGUCACAUUGUCUGCUUAGGACGGCUUGGCAAAAAAGGUGGGACCAUGUAUAAAUUAGUUGAAACAGUAAUAUCGGUUAGUUAAGAGUCAACAGCAUCUUAAAUUAAAAUCGACAAGUUCGUUAAAAACAUCAAAUACACCUGAUACUGUUUAAUUUCAGUAACUAAGUAUGGAAUUUUUCUUAUAUUUAAUAUAUAAAGAUUGUUUUGGUUUAGUUAUUUUCUUUGUGAAACUAUUCCUCAUUUUUUAUGUCAUGUUAAUUUAAUACAAAUAUUAAGAUCUUAAUUCUGAAUUAUUUUUAAUAUUUAUUUGUUUUGUAACAACAGUAUUGUCACAUAGUUUAAGAUGGAGAAUAUAUUGUAUUAUACAAAAGUAAAAUACAUCCCAGUUUGUAUUAUUUGUGGGAAUGUAAUUCUAGCCUGGUACAACCUUUUGAGUUGGUUUGAAGGUUUAUUGAAGUCCUAAUUUUAGGAUUGAUAAUAUAAUGUAUAAUGAAAAAUAAUAAUACAACAAACCUGUAUUAUAACAAUAAAUGAUAUCUCCGAUUUUAUAUAAUUUAAAAUCAUGUUGAUUUAGAUCAAUUUAGAUAUUUAAUUAAAUAAACAUUUAGAAAUAUGUAAAUAUAUUUUUAAAUAAAUUCAUGUACUAUA